AUGGAAGACGAGGUGCAAGGAACGGGUGGGCGACGGGUGUUAUUGAGGAGGGGAGGUGACGAUGAUGCAAUCGGAAGAUUCCUUUUUAAGACAUUCUUUAACUUCGCUACCUCUAACUACUCAAAGACAAUGUCCCCGGAAGAGGCUCAGACAAUUUCACGUGUUAAUUAUAUUUGCUUUGUUUUUUUCUCACUUUCUUUUUUUUUCUUAUUUAUCUCUUCUUUCCUAUUCUUUCUUUUUUUGAUUUCUCUUCUUUUUCUUCUUGAUCUUCUUUCUUUCUUUCUUUCUUUCUUUCUUUCUUCCUUCUUUGUGGAUUCUUUUCUUUUUCUCCUUUAUCUUUUUCCUUUCUCUCUUCAUUCUUUGUCACUUCUCUUCUCUUUCUGUUUUAUCUUCUUUCUUUCUUCCUUCUUUGUGACUUCAUCUUCUUCAUCUUCUUUCUUUCUUUCUUUCUUUCUUUCUUCCUUCUUUGUGACUUCUCUUUUUUUCUUCAUUCUUUCUUGUUUUCUUUCUUUCUUCUUAGUGGAUUCUUUUCUUUUUCUUCUUUUUCUUCUUUCUUUCUUCCUUCUUUUUCUUUUCUUUUUCUUCUUUCUUUCUUUCUUCCUUCUUUGUGACUUCUCUUCUUUUUCUUCUUUUUCUUCUUUCUUUCUUUCUUUCUUCUUUGUGACUUCUCUUCUUUCUUUCUUUCUUUCUUUCUUCUUUCUUUGUGACUUCUCUUCUUUUUCUUCUUUAUCUUCUUUCUUUCUUUCUUCCUUUUUUGUGACUUCUCUUCUUUUUCUUCUCUCUUUCUUUCUUCCUUCUUUGAGACUUUUCUUCUUUUUCUUCCUUAUCUUCUUUCUUUCUUCCUUCUUUGUGACUUCUCUUCUUUUUCUUCUUUCUUUUCUUUCUUUCGAUCUUUCCUUAAGUAUUUCUUUGUUAGUUUUUGUGACUUCCCUUCUGUUCGUUAUUCCUUCUUUCUUUUUUUCUUUCUUUCUUUCUUUCUUUCUUUCUUUUCCCCCUUUUCUCUUCCUUUUUUCUUUCGCCGUCUUCUUUCUUUCUUUUGUUUCCCCCUCCUUUUUACUUUUUGUUUUUGUAUCCUUCCUUCAUUCAUUCUUUCUUUCAUUCUUUCAUUCUCUCUUUCUUUCAUUCUUUCUUUCCCUCCUUGUUUCCUUCUUUCUUUUUUUUAUUCAUUCUUUCCUUCCUUUUUUCGUCCUUUCCUUCCUUGUUUCUCCCCUUCUUUCAUUUAUUAUUUCCUUCUUUCUUUUCUUAUUUAUUCUUUACUUUUUUCUUUCUUUUUUUCUUUCUUUCUUUCUUUCUUUCUUUCUUUCUUUCCUUCCUUCCUUACCUCGUUUAUUUCUUCUUUCUUUGUUUCCUUUUAUUUCUUUCCUUAUUUUCUUCCUUUCUUCCUUCCUUCCUUCUGCCUUUUUUCUUUCUUUCUUCCUUCUUCCUUUUUCUUUCCUUCUAUCUUUCUUUCUUUACUUCUUGCUUUCUUUCUUUCCUUCUUUCUUUCUUUCUCGUCUUUCUUUCUUUCAUUCUUUCUUUCUUAGAUUUUCACUUCAUGACUACUAUAUCUGUCAUACCCUCUCCAUCUCUCUCUCUCUCUCUUCUGUUCAUAUCUAUCUAUCUAUCUAUCUAUCUAUCUAUCUAUCUAUGUAUCUAUCAAUCUAUCUCUCAUUCUGUCCUUCUCUAUCUUAUAUAGUUCAUGACUACUAUGUCUGUCACUCUCUCUCUCUCUCACUUUCUCUCUCUCUUUCUGUGUGUGUGUGUGUGUGUGUGUGUGUGUGUGCGUGUGUGUGUGAUUGUCCAUACUUCUCUGUUACUCUGUGUCUCUCCGGCCGUUCAUUAUCUAUCUAUCUAUCUAUCUAUCUAUCUAUCUAUCUAUCUAUCUAUCUAUCUAUCUCUGUUCAUUGUCUAUCUAUCUAUCUAUCUAUCUAUCUAUCUAUCUAUCUAUCUCUGAUUGUUCAUGACUACUAUGUCUGUCAUUCUCUUUCUCUGUGUCGAUCUCUAUCUAUCUCUUUCCCUAUCUCGCACUCUGUAUGUGUGUGUUUGUAUGAUUGUCCAAUAUGGACAAUCAUACAUUUCUGUUACUCUCUGUCUAUCACAGGCUGCACAGUAUCUAUCUAUCUAUCUAUCUAUCUACGAUUGUCCAAACAUGUCUCGCUAGAUUAA